UAUGGGCUACUGGUAUUUGCCAGUCACCCACAAUAUCCGACUGUCGCUAUAGGUCGUUCUCAUUGCCCAAUGGCCCACCUAUACCAAACUUAACAUGGUGUUUGGUCUUCACGUUAAAGCCCAUACAUAUAGGGUCCUCGUGAGAGCGUAAAAUGUGCAGCAUACAGUCUGUCUGAAGUAACACCGGCUUCAGUGCUAGACGCAAAUAAGACGAAAAAUGUAAAGGACCUGCAUACGACAGCAUUCAAAUGUGGUCUCCCGCCAGUUUUAGCUUAGCUCGUUCUACGAGCUGUUCGCAAUCUCAUACCCGCUUAGUCUUGUUUGCCGACACUUAUAUUGGAGUAUAGCUUAGAGACGUUUCUUCGCUGUGAGUACCGGCAAAGCUCGAAGACCAGAGCGUACCAUGUUGCCAAAGGCGCGAAGGGUGGUAACUGGCUCGCGCGCAGCUUGAGUGUUGUUCUAUUUUCGGAGGACAGAGAGGUUUGUGGCCUGAAGUCAUCAAUUGAAGUGAAGAGAACGAACUGUAACGUGGCAUUAUUUGUUUGAGGCAUACCGGGGUAUCGCUACUGCUAGUGUUGCUAAUUAAUUGUGUUUUCCAGUGUAUCAUUGCUCUAAGAACAGCGGUCCUGUUGUUUACGUGCCAGUUGAACACCGUUGUUAUUUUCUUUUCGUAGUUUCUCUUUUAUUUAGGAUCAAUCGGGAUAAAGUCAGUUGUUGUCGCCUGGUACGGUUAUUUGACAGCUCGUCGGCUGUCCUGCGACUGGUCACGGUGAAGGGGAAACAUUUGGAAGUGGAGCGCCGUCAAGAACGAAGAGAAACAACACGCACAGAUAGAAAAAGAAUAAGAACCUGGUUAAUACACAGUGGAAAAAAGAAUACUUUGGUGGUGUAGUUUUGUGGACGUGCUAAGAAUGACAACUGGGGUGGUUUACGUAAAUUCUCGGAAAGUAAUUUAUAACCUAUCUUAACUAUAUAGCUACCGACGGCACGAGUAAGCAGCUUUUGGUUGUGGGAACGACGUUGUGUGUUUAAAGAGGGUAGAGAGGAUUGUAGAUCUGUUAUUUUUCAAAGAAAGGAAAGGGAAUUCGAAUUUGUUCGCUGUGAGAAAACAGACAGCAGAAAAAGCGCAAUCUAAGCCCAAGUCGAAAAGACGGACACCAAAAUGGGGGAAAGCGCGCAUGAAGUGCGUUUGUAUGUGUACGACCUGUCCCGAGGAAUGGCUCGAGCGUUGAGCCCCAUGUUUCUGGAAUAUUUCCCUGAUGGAAAGGAAAUUCCUGCGAUAUGGCACACCUCGAUCGUCGCUUUCGGCCGGGAAUAUUUUUUCGGGGGCAUGGGCAUCGAAUCAUGCGGUCCAGGAGAGACAGUUAUGGGGGAGCCGAUGCAGAUCGUGCAACUGGGGCAAACUGAAAUACCGUAUGCCCUAUUCCUCGAGUACAUCUUCGAGCUGGGUGAAAGCUCUUUUAAGGAGAGUGCAUACGACCUAUUCAGGCACAACUGCAACACGUUUACACAGGAGGUAGCGCAAUUCUUGACAGGAAGAAGUAUCCCCCAAGAAAUACUUGACUUACCAGAAGAAAUCCUCGAUACACCGUUCGGUGCCCAAAUCGGGCGGCUCCUUGGCUCGCAGACAUCUCUACGAAGUGAAAACGCUCGGGGGAUAUCGUUCGGAGAAAACGCCAGGAUCAAUUUAGAAAACCGUGUCAUCCAGGAAUUUCAAGCGGCACCUGGGUUAGACGACACUCGGACGUCGCUACCACAGCAAACAGAGAGUCCGCUAAUUCGAAACGGAAGCACAGGCGUACAGGGAGCAAACCAACAGUCUUCGGACAGUAAUUGUGUAUCGCAGAUGGGAGACAUCGUCGAGAAUCCGAGUCGCGCCAGCGAAUCGCCAGAGCGGCGACCUUCGCUCACGCCUCGCAAGACAAGAAAGUUCGACGAUCCGGCAAUAUGUUUUGAACCUAUUGACGGGACGUCCGCCCUACAAGUUGUUGAGGAACGACUGCUGGGAAAGUUGUCUGAAGAAGAUGCGGUAUGCUUUCGGGAGUUCGCUGAGUAUAUCAACACAGACUGCGGCAGCUGGUCUCUAGGAGAACUCCAUCUCUACCUUCUUGGCUUCCUGCUUGGCGACUCUCAAGAACCAAAAAUUCGGUUGGCCACAAUUCAGUUUUUGGCGGCGUGCGCACUGAAGGACGAUUUCAUACUUUUUUUGCAUCAGGACAGGAAGAGCCAUGUAAUCCUGAAUUAUGUCUAUAAAAUUGAGCGUUUGCCAGCAGAUGAACAAGAUGCUGUUAUGAUCUUAAUGUGUAACUUUUGUAAGAACAACUCGUCCUUCGAUUGGCUCAUGUACAUCUCCGAGUGGCCGUCUGAUGAUGGGACUCCGGGUGCCUGCAACAACUGCAAGGUAACGACGCGGGCUGUUGUACAUGCAUUGUUAUGCAACCGGAAAGAAACUCAAGAGAAAGCGGCCGCGCUCAUGUAUAAUCUCGCUCUUAAAGAGCUUUAUGACGAUCAAGCAACGGAGUUCGCGACAGCCCUCCUGCAGUAUCUUCAUUCCGAGCUUAGCGAAGAGGCCUCUUGGAGAGCACUGGUGGCGCUAUUUCGCUUUUGUCAGAUAAGUUAUAAUGAUGUGCCUGCGUUAUGUAACAUGCUCGGUCCAGAUCUGAACAAAUUCUCCGGCAUGUCGAAAAGAGUGGACUCGGCCCUCAAGGAUCUUCAGGAUAAGAUCUCUAGCGCGGACGGUGAAAUUGUGUCAUAAUUCGAAUGAAUUGUCCUGCAGUUAAGUAGAGUACUACUGUCCGUCUUUCUUGAUUACGUAGUUGGUUACCAAGCCAAAUCAGGGAAAGACAUUUCCACAUAAUUUCUGGAAGCGCCCGUAUUUUUAUGAAUUGUGUGCCAGCGUAUUAAGAACAGUCUUGUCAUCAAUAAACUUAAGCACUAACAGCUGUUCAUUUAGACGAACGCUUUGUCAUUGUUUUAGUGGUUUCUUUAAGCAGCCUUCCGGCAUCUGCAAUAUCGAUUCACGGAACCCGCAUUCGUUUGGCAAUCGGCUAUCUUGAAUGAUUUUGGUGAUCUGUCUUAUCAGUCUUUUGCUAACUGUCAAACGCGUGUUCCAUCGAAGCGGAAUAGACCGGUUUUUCAGUACUUUAAUUAAUGUCGAUAGUUAAACCGAGGUCGAUUGGAGAACGACACCCUGCCGUAAAAGUUCUUCUGGGAUCAUCUCAAAAUUUAUAGACAGCUGGAUUUUCAGCAGAUCUUCUGUUUGUGUUCGGUAGUGUGCUUAUAAUUAAAGUCAGCACCAUCGUUGCCGCCGUAAUUGAACAUGUUCCAAUGGUACCUGUAAAAUAAAUGCAGCAUCUAUGUUAACCUGCAGCACAAAUCUGCUUACGCGAGGCGGAUGAGCUACCCGAAUUCGAAACUACCCGUGACUUGAUAAUUGUAUGUUCCGAUGUUUACUAAGUUGUCGUGAAUGAAACGAAAAGCUACUCGAACUGUACGAACGGAGAUUUUACUCACUCAGGUGGUCGAGUAACCGUUAAAUAGUGGCAAUGGCAAAAUUCAUUUUUAAAAAAAAGCUACAAUUGUUCAUAUCUUAUAAAAAUUUGAAUUUAUAAAGUCAGAAUUAAUUGUCAAGAGGUAAUACAAUGUAUCUAUUCACCCACAUAAUUAUAACGGGCAACAUUUUAUAUGACAUUUUUUUCUAAAUAGAAUCGACAUCGAACGUAACACAGUUUCAACAAUGCUGAACAAUUAUUAUUAUCAUUAAUGGAGAAUGGCCUAUUAAUGUUGAUUAGAUCUGUUGAAGCCUUAAGGCGUAACGCCCUAAGAGGUAAACUUUCAACAUUGUUUGUGCUCGCAUUCAUCGUACUAGAGAGUCAUGUUGAAAUAAAGAAAUAUUGUUAAAUAAAGUGAACUAAGAUGAUCGAUGAGCGUCGCCUAUGUUU